AUGCCUCAAUCAGCCAGUCGAUAUUACUUCCGCGCUCCCACGUUUGAUACCGACCCAGAGAGCACCACUUCGGGGAGACCGGGUAGCAUCUUUACACGUUUCGGCAAGUUGACCAACCCCCUUAACCAGCAUGAUGUCGUUGCCAUCCCACCGAGCUCAACCAGCGCAAGCCGUGUGCCAAAGUUCCAAGAGGUGGUCAAGAAAGGCAUCUCUGGCUCGGCAGGAAUCUCUGGAGCGCUUUCUCACACACUCGUGUCGAGCAAAGUUCUGUAUACGUUUGCGAAAGACAAGACUGCCACCUAUAACUGCGCCGCCAUGGAGACAUAUGAGUUCGAAGCCAAUGAGCAAUAUGUAACAGAUAGCAUCACCGCCUCGCUACGUGUCCAGAACUUCAUUGCCGACAGUUUCACCGGGAAGAGUAGCCAGGGAGGUUUCCCAUGGUCCAUCCCAUCCAAGGUUAUUUUUGCGUAUCGCGCGAUCGAGAUUGCGCCCAAGAGAGACGGGAAACUUGGAUACAAGGAUAUUCGCGGCGGCCAGUACAGCUACGGCGAGGAGGAGGGUGAAGAGGAGGAGGAAGGGUGGGAUAUUGAGCCGGUCAAGGAGAAACAGAUGCUAGAAAUGUACGCUGGAGCGCUGCCUGUCUUGGUAGAUGCACAAUAG